AUGUCUAUUAUUGCGUUUGCUCAAUACCUUAUGGGAGCAUCGAUUCUUAUUGCUGCGUCAAGACAAAUAUGGGCGUUUAGUAGAGACGAUGGUUUGCCGUUUUUCUAUAAUAUUGUCAAGGUCGUGAACCCAAAGAUAAAGGUUCCUGUUAGAGCUACCAUAUUUGGUGGUUGUCUUUCAUUGCUCGUUGGUUUAUUGAUCUUGGUUGGCCCCACCGCCUCUGGUGCGUUAUUCUCGUUGGCUGUGGCAGGAAACACAUUUGCCUGGGGAAUGCCUGUGUUUCUUGUAUUGCUUCCUACGGGGAAACUGAGAUUUGUUCCUGGACCAUUUUAUUUUGGUAAAACAAUAACCACCAUGAUUCAUUGUGUUACUGUGGCAUGGACGCUGUAUGUCAUUGUCAUGUCGAUGUUUCCAUCCAGUAAACUGGUCGAUAAGGAAUCCAUGAACUAUGCCAGUGUUAUCAAUGUGGGAGUUUGGAUCUUAUCGUUGGUUUACUACUAUGUGUAUGGCUACAAAGUCUACAGCGGUCCCAAAUCCAACCUUGAUGAACUGGCUUCUUCCAUUGAGGGCCGGGAGAUACAUAACAUUGACCAGACGUUGGAUGAGAAAGUUUAG